CUGUGAUGUCCCAGGGCGUGGGACGGGCAGAGCUGGUACUCUGGUGGGUCGGCGUUCGGCACCAGCUGCGAGGUACUGCGGGUGUCCUGGCAUCCAUUUAUCAAACUGCUUUCGCAGUUGAGGGAACAAACCGCUGAUUUCUUUCUUCAGACUUAAGUCUGACACACCUGUAUUCGUCCAUGUUUAUGGAUAGAGGAAUAUUUGCAGAGAGGGGGAAAAACCCAACCCCACCGUUGAACCUUCAAGAUUUUUGGGCAGGUGUAGUGGUUUGAGAAGGACUUACGAUAUUAAGUCUUAAAACAGGUACUUGUUUUCAAGAAGUACAAUGGACGAUAAGAAAAAAGUUGCUAACAGCUCUUGCGAUGAUGGAUUUCUACUUAGAAUGGGCCUUAAUGAUAACAAAGCUGGAAUGCAAGGUUUGGAUAAAGAGAAAAUCAAUAAAAUCAUCAUGGAAGCUACCAAGGGUUCUAGAUUUUAUGAAAAUGAACUUAAAAAAGAUCAACAAGUUAACCAACGAAUUGAAAAAAUGAUGCAGCUAAAAGAGAAAAUUACAACACAACAGCUCUUGAAAGCACAACUGCAGGUGGACAAACUUGUGGUAGAACUGGAACAGACCCGUAACCUUAGCAGUACAAUUGUACACAUUGACAUGGAUGCCUUCUAUGCAGCUGUGGAAAUGAGAGACAAUCCAGAGCUGAAGGAAAAGCCUAUAGCAGUGGGAUCAAUGAGUAUGUUGUCCACCUCAAAUUACCAUGCUAGAAGAUUCGGUGUGCGUGCAGCCAUGCCAGGAUUUAUUGCUAAAAAGCUAUGUCCACAUCUAACUAUAGUACCACUAAACUUUGAAAAAUAUGGCAAAGUGAGUAAAGAGGUUAGAGAAAUACUGGCUGAAUAUGAUCCCAACUUUAUGCCUAUGGGCCUAGAUGAAGCCUACCUGAACAUAACAGAGCACUUGGAGGAAAGACUGAACUGGCCUGAAGAUAGGAGAAGAUUCUUUUUUAACACAGAAAACCCUACAGGUGUAGAUAAAGAUGAUAUGAAUAUGUCUGACAAAUUUAAUGAGGGUGAAUGCUCUUCUUCACCGGUACUGUUUGAAGACAACACAUCUCACCUUAAACAAAGAAGUCAAUCAGUAGAAAAUUCAGUUGUCUUUGGUACUUCUGCAGAGGAAGUUGUGAAGGAAAUUCGCUUUAGGAUUGAGCAGAAAACUCAACUGACUGCUAGUGCAGGAAUAGCACCAAAUACAAUGUUAGCAAAAAUGUGCAGUGAUCGUAAUAAGCCUAAUGGGCAAUACAGAAUUACUCCUGAGAGACAAGCAGUUCUAGACUUCCUAAAAGAUUUACCCAUUAGAAAGGUGCCAGGCAUAGGAAAAGUAACAGAGAAGAUGUUAAAAGCCCUUGGAAUUGUGACUUGCUCAGAACUUUACCAGCAGAGGGCACUGCUUUCUCUUCUGUUUUCAGAAAUAUCUUGGCGUAAUUUCUUGGAUAUUUCCCUUGGUUUGGGCUCAACACAUUUGGAAAAGGAUGGAGAAAGAAAAAGUAUGAGUACUGAAAGAACAUUCAGUGAAAUAAACAGAGCAGAAGACCAGUACAGUUUGUGUCGAGAACUCUGCAGAGACCUUGCUCAAGAGCUACAGAAAGAAGGACUUAAGGGUAAAACUGUUACCUUGAAGUUAAAGAAUGUGAACUUUGAAGUUAAAACAAGAGCUUCAACUGUGCUGUCUUCUGUUUCUACUGAGGAGGAAAUAUUUGCUGUUGCUAAAGACUUGUUAGGAACAGAAAUUGAUAGUGUUGCUCCUCACCCUCUACGGAUCAGACUUAUGGGUGUACGAGUAUCAGGAUUUCUAAGUGAAGAAGAAAAGAAGUACCAACAAAAAAGCAUUACGAGUUUCUUAAAAUCAGGAAAAGAAAUUGGUUUCCUUAGGCUUCAGCCAGAGAAGUCUAACCAAGAGUAUUUCACAAAAAGUUCAGAAGCAUCUCAUAGAGGGAGUUUUUUUGAUCAAAAGCGAGCAGCAAGGCUGCUAAACAGUGAGAAUCUUCCUCCAAAUGAAGCUGUAGGUAAGCAGCUCUUUCACGAUAGGAAGUCAUCGGCAAAUUUUGUGGAAGAAACAAAGAAACUCACAGGUUUCCAGAGUUCUAAUGUCUGUAAGAUCUUCACCUGCCCUGUUUGCUUUGAGGAGCAAAGCAGUGAUAAUUUGGAAGAACUUAAUAGACAUAUUGAUGAGUGCCUCAAUGGGACAUUUGUUAAAGAUACUAUGGAAAUAUCCAAGAAUGACAAAUCAAGAGAAGAUACACUCAACACACUCCCACACUUUAGAAAUGAAAAUGAAAAUGGUGAUGAAUGGCAAAAAAAUAAAACAGAUCAAUUAGCAAGAACAGACCAAUCUGCAAGUAUGUCUGACAGCUUUACUAACAACAGCACAGAAAAAUUUGCUCAGAUAGUAUCUGAUAAGUCUCACAGAGAGCAACAGCCUAGCAAUCUCAGUGACAUUGCUAGAAAUGUGUGUAUGAAAGAGUGUCUCUUCCCCAAAAGAAUAUCUCAAGGCAAUGAGGACCAUUUUGAAAAGACGGAACAUACAGCAGGAACUAGUUUAUCCUGUUUCUUUGAAGCUAAAGAAGGCAGUGUUCUUGUUUGUCCAGUUUGUAAUACAGAACAGAAAACCACCAGUCUUGUGUCAUUUAACAGACAUGUGGAUGUCUGCUUAAAUAAAGGUCUUAUACAGGAGCUGACAGAAAAAAAAGAUUUUCCUGCUGAGAAUUACAGUAUGGAAAACCAGAAUAGAGUUGGAGCUUUAAGCAAAGAACAGCAAUGCACAAAUCCAUCACAAGGAACAAAAAGGUCUGGAUUAACAACUUCACAAUCAGUAUCAAAAAAGACCAAGUUGAGCAAUUCCAAGCAUACAAUCAAAACGUUUUUUAAAUGACUGUGUAGCAGCAUAUUCUAUAUGAAGUAUUUCAUACGGUUUUAUGACUGCAAAUUAAUUUAGCAUUGUUGGUAGGCUGGAUUCAGGUGCCUGUCACUUUGGAGCCAUUGCAUAUCUGUAUAGAAAGAACAUGAUGUCUGAGGUAGAAGAAGAGGUGCAAAUAUAAAUAAGGUAAUUUUUUUGGUUUUUUUUAGAAUAGUACUUUUUUUUUCCCCAGUUGAUUCCAAGAAUCAAAAUCUGCUAGCACUACGAUUUUGUUUGUACUGAACAUGUAGAACUUUCUGAGAGCCAUGAGCAGCCUCAUGAAUUCUCUCUGCUGUUCAAAAAACGGAACAGAUUGGGUAGAGCUGCCAUUGAGCAAGCUUGUAGGGCAAGCUCCCUAGAGAGCAGGAAUCAUUAGCUAGGGUGCUACACUGUACUUACUGAAGGCUCUCUCAGGACACCUGACCUGCCAUUCUCUCUCAGGACCACACCUGACCUGCCAUCCUCACGGUGGUAAUCGUAGUAGCUCAGGCUGACACUUCCUUGGACAAUUCAAUGCCAAAUUUAGUUAUUAUAUUGGCUGUGUGAUAACAAAGAAGAGCUGAGUUGCUUGACUUCAGCUUACAAAUGUCUUCUCAGUGAGCAAAAAAACUUACUGGUCUCACAGUUUCAAAGGACAAGAACAAGAACUUAGAGCACUAUCAAGCUUUCAUUGUUUUACUGAAAAUUACUUCAGUAAGAAUCGAUGGACCAGCCGUGUCCAUCUCAUUGUGGUGAGAUACAGGAUGACUUCACUGAUUUAGAAAAUGUUAAUAAAACUGCUAAUUGAGAGAAGGAUUCCUGCAGUGUAGUCAGACAUGCUAUUUGAUCCUUGACCUUUCCAAAGAGAUUGAGAACUCUUCACGGUUCGAAAUUGUCACCAGUCAGUAGGACAUAAUUUGCUCUAAAUAAAAGGUCUCAUGGUGCAAUAAUAAUGAAUUAUGUGCAAAUAUGCAAGAUGAUGAACCUCUUACUGUUUACCUAUAUUUCUCUUUAAAAUUAUUUUUUAUUUCCGAAUAAAUUAUAUUUUAUCAGUGCAUAUGUUGAAGGAAGGAAUUAAGUGCAAAUAUUUAAAAUACACUGUUUAGCUUUUUCUGUUCAUGACAAAAUGCUUAAAGGAAUUUUAUUAUACUUAAAUAUUUAUCUGACAAAUAAUUUAUUAUGAUAGCAUAUUUCUUAGCAGUUACACAAACAGUGCUAAACCCUGUAUGAUAUAUAAAUUGCUUUUUGACUGCAAACUGAUUUAAAGAAGUGGCUACUGUAGAAACAUCUAUUUUGUUGUUUAACUGUUUUGGAAAUACUUGGGGAUUUGCUUGGUUUUUAAUCCAGUAUGUACAUGGUAUGUCUUAGAUGCCCAGGCUAAGUCCAGAAUGUGCUUUUUUGUUUCCAAAAUUGCUGGAAUGAUUACACCAUCUCAACCUGCUUGUCUGUUUGUUUGCCAGAUGCCACUGUACCCACAGCUCUGUCAUUUGACUUCAUGUCAGUGCUCCCUUACCUUCUUCAGACCAAAUCAGCUGGACUAGUUCAGACUGUGCAAAUUGAUUGAGUUGACUUUUUCUGAAGCAGGUCAGUGAGCAUUCAGCAUGAACUGUUCUGUUGGCAGAGGUGGGAGCUGGAAACUUUUGGUAGGAAAGACAUAAAAGCAGCUGGGGGAACAUUAAGCUGCCACUGCUGUUUAGAAAGUGAACACCUCUCCCUUUAUUAGUUUGUAUCUGUCUGAUUCAAUAAAGUGUAGAAUCUAAGUA